AGAACGAGGGAAGGCCAACUAAGUGAGCCGACGAGCCCUCAGAAUAAUACUUCUUCGCACAAGCCGCAAACAAGUCAACAACAGCCCUCUACAAGGUUUUGCACCUUCCAACUCGUAAAUUUCCAAAGAGUAGCAAAUCCUGAGCACCCACCACUACCAGGGUUUAAGAUUCAGAGAAAGAAAGACGCUCUAACAUUUUUCAGUCCAAUUACUGUGGGAAAAAACACCAUGAAACUUCUUCAAUCAAUCAAUGGACAUGGCAGAGUUUUUCUACGCUCAUUGGGACGGCGUCACUACGCAGUUCAACCGGAGGAAUAUACAAGGAGAAAUUACGCAAACAAUCUUUCUGAGUACAAUACUGUUGUGGGUUCUGUUACUGCUCAGCGCAAGCAUUUUUUAUUGAGGGACGUUUAUGAUGAUAUGAUGAUUGAUGGAGUUCAGCCUUCAAGAGAUACAUUUCAUUCUUUGAUCGCCGGAACGAUGAAAGGUGCUCGUUUGCAGGAUGCUUUCUUCUUUAGGGAUGAAAUGAAAGCAAUGGGUUUGCUACCUGAUGUGACUCUCUACAAUUUCUUAAUUUCCAUAUGUGGGAAAUGCAAGCGCUCCGAACAUGCAAUUCAAAUAUUGGAGGAGAUGAAAAGAAAUGAAGUGAAACCAACUGGGCAGACCUACAUCUGUCUUCUUAAUGCAUGUGCCACCACAGGAAAACUAGAUCGAGUGUAUGCUAUUGUCCGUGAUAUGACUGCAGCUGGUCUUGGCUUGAAUAAAUUCUGUUAUGCUGGUCUUAUUUCUGCUCAUAGGAACAAGAUACCUUUGGCUGAUGAUACAGCUGCAAGAAUUAUAGAGCUGGUUGAGCAGUCCAAAGGGUGGUCCUCACCAGAACAGAUGGGUGCUACUGCUGAAAAUGUUAUGAUGGGUGUUGUUCCUGAAGAGUUGUUCAACAUUCCAACUGCAGAAUAUAUUAAUAGGCGUGGUUGGUUUGUGGAUAAGAAGCUAACUGUUUAUCAUGCUGCAUCUCACGCUCUAGCGGAUCUUUGCAGUGUAGAGGCAAUGGAAACCCUUUUAAAGAUGCUCGAGCAAGAUAACAACCGUCCUGAUCCUUUUACAACUAUGCAGGUUAUGAGGUGCUACUUGCACUCAGGGAACCUGGAUCGUGGUUGUCAAGUAUUUGAGGAGUUUAUGAAUUCUGGGAGGCCACCAUUUGUUGAAUUGUUUGUGACUCUAAUAGAAGGAGCCAUGGUCGGUCAUACUCCUAAGGGUAUGCAAAUAGCUCAGGAUGCACUGGUAAGUAUGACCUCAAAAAACAUCUUCCUGAACCCAAGAGUGGCUAGUGAUCUUCUCCUGAUUGCAGCUGGUGAAAAGAUUGGCGGAUAUACCACAGCCAACUAUUUGUGGGAUCUGAUGCAAGCUCGAAACUUUAUUCCUCCUCCGCCUGUUGUGGAAGCAUACUUUGCUGGUUUAAAAGAGCGUGAGGUACCUAAAGAUGAACCACGGCUGCUGAAGGUCAUUCAGGUUCUUGAUAAUUACCAGGGAAGAUUCAGUGUGCGGCCUUGAAUGCCAUCAGAGAUGUGAGAUUAUUUAAGAAGGUUUAUUGGCAAUCACAUUUUGCUGCUCUCCUAGUUUGUAUUACUUGCAACAUCUGUUCUUGGAGUGGAGAAGUAAUGAUGACAAACUAUAGAUGUAAGUUAUCUAGCUAGCUAAGUAUGAUGCAAAUCUGCAAUGACUAGUAUCAAUUUUAUGCCUACAGCGAUUUGUGUUCUAAAUGUUCCUAUUUUGACGGGAGACCAUAUCUUUCUUUGAGAUGCAUUUUUUUAUUGAUUAAUUUUUUUAUCUGUUAUUUUUUGAGAUAGUUGGAUAUACAUUUAUUAUCUUAGAAAACCAUAUUGGAUUCUUAACUAAAAAAAGCUACAACUUUUUAUUGCAUUAUACAAUUCGGCACUAUAUUAUUUGA